UGAAGACACGGACAUCAGUUUCACAUGUGAGGAGCGUAACGUGGGUUUCCUAGGUGGCGUCUCCCCUCUUUGGGACUAGCUGUCUUCUGUUUCAGCACUCCCCGAAUUCCAUUCCGCCUUUUGCUUUUUUGCAGCGCACUGCUCUGCUCUCUCUGCACACAGGACUUCCCAGUGACUUCGCAGGCGCGCACUCGGCUCACUACAAGUCCCAAGUUUUCGGAGAGCACGGGAGCAAGUUUUGGGGUCGAUAUUUUACGUCCCUUAUAAAAAAAGAAAGAAAGAAAAGAACACACGCAUAAACGCACAGACAAUCCCGAAAAGGGGGAUCUGUGUUACCUGUUGAUGAAGUCCCACCGGGUGUGGGACGCAGAGGAGCAGUCGGGUUUGUUCGCAGAGAAGAAAAGUCUGUAAAAGGUGCACCGCUCCGGUGGCCAGGAGGAGUGAAGGACCUCGUUUUUUUUUCUUUUUCCCCCAGCAUUGGCAGCCUGUGCUGGGUUGGUGGAAAAUGGGCACUCCGGCCGCUUCGAUCUGUGGACUUAUCCUCUCCUUGGUACUCACAUGCCAGCUGGUCAGUGUGACUCAGGCCUCCAAGGUGUGGGGAGAGGUCCCUCUGCCAGAGGACCUGGAGGCCGAAAAAGAUGUGCACGCGUCUCAGAGUUUCCUCGACGAUGACGAGGACUUUGCCGCUGAUGCAGCUUCAGGAGACCAGCCCAGCGGAGAGGAUGACGGAAGCACACCGUGGCCUCCAGUCCCCGAGAGCACAAUUUUUUACAGAGCUCUCGUCAACUUCACCGACUCCCUGGUCUAUGUGCCUGAACUCGAGGACAUCUUCUCUCCGGCCUUUGCUGAGAUUUCUGAAGCAGUGGUGGACACGCUGGAGUCAGAGUACAACAGGAUUCCAGGUGUCCAGACAGUCAGCGUGGUCCUCAUUAAAAAAGUCAUAAAAGAUGACCGUGUUGAUGUAUUUGUGGAGUUGGAUGUGGGCUCUGACUACAACUCCAAUGACGAACAGAUCCGCAGCGUGCUGUACAGCGUGGUGAAGGAGGGAGCCAUUGCUUCGUAUGUCACGUCAGUCCAGGGCUUUCAGUUCAGACAGCUUGGAGCAGUAUCCCCCAGUGUAAGACCCUGCAUGGCAGAUGAGCACAGGUGCGGUGAUGGCACAUGUAUCCUGAUGGAAUACCUAUGUGACAACCGCCCAGACUGCAGAGACAUGAGCGAUGAGACCAAUUGUGCUCCCAUCACUCCAGCCUCCACAACCACUGUCUCCACCACCACCGUCACCUCCAAGAAGCCCCCUCGUCCCCCCGGCCCUCCGGGACCCUGCAGAGCAGAUCAAGCCACAUGCCAGAGUGGAGAGUGUAUCCCUCGGGACUAUGUCUGUGAUGGAGAGAGGGACUGCUCGGACGGAAGCGACGAGUUCAGAUGCGGUACUCCGUCUCCCUGUGAACCCAACGAGUUCAAGUGUAAAAAUGGUCGCUGUGCCCUCAAGCUGUGGCGUUGUGAUGGGGACAAUGAUUGCGAGGAUAACUCGGAUGAAACAGACUGCCCCACCAAGGGUCCUGAUGACAGGUGUGCUCCCGAGCAGUUUGAAUGCCUGACCGAUCGCACCUGCAUCCCAGCCAGUUACCAGUGUGAUGAAGAGCCAGAUUGCCCGGACCGCUCCGACGAGUACGGCUGCACGCCUCCUUCUGUAACAAGCCCACCGGAGGAGUCCGUUGAGGCGGCACGCGGGCAAACAGUGACGUUUACCUGUCAAGCUGUUGGAGUGCCAACACCCAUCAUCACCUGGAGACUCAACUGGGGGCAUAUUCCAGUCAGCAACAGGAUCUCCAUGACCAACGAGAAUGGCCGUGGCACCCUAACUAUCCGUGACGUGAAGGAGGCGGACCAGGGGGCGUACACCUGCGAGGCCAUCAACGCUAAAGGCCUGGUGUUUGGUAUCCCAGACGGAGUAUUAACUCUGACAUCAAAUCCAAACCCAGGCAACUGUCCGGAUGGUCACUUCAGUGUGAAUGGCCGCUGUAUAUCCUGCUUCUGCGCUGGAAUCACCAAGAACUGCAAGGGCACUGGGCGCUACCGCAACCAGAUCAGCCUGCGUUUCACAGAGGAAGAAGACUUCAAAGGAGUGAAUGUCACCUACCCCUCCAGGCCAGGGACUCCUCCCCUCUCCUCCACUCAGCUUCUUGUUAACCCCGAGAUGGAGGAGUUCCAGCUGGUCGACCUGUCCCGCCGCUUCCUCAACCUCGACUCUUUCUGGACCUUGCCCCGCCAGUUCCUUGGCAACAAAGUUGAUUCCUAUGGAGGAUCCCUGAAAUUCAAGGUGCGGUACACACUGGCCCGCGGUCUCUCUGAGCCUGUGGACAAGCCGGAUGUGAUUCUGCUUGGAAAUGGACGCAGGCUUGUGUACCGCAGAGGCCCCCGCAUUCCUGCCAGCGUGACCAACCAGAAAGAGAUCAUAUUCACUGAAGACAACUGGCAGCACUCCAAUGGCCGUCAAGUAAGCCGAGAGGAUUUGAUGAUGACCCUGGCCAACCUGGACAGCAUCAAUAUCCGCACCAUCUACGACAACCACAUGGUCAGUGUGGCACUCAGUGACAUUGUCAUGGAUACCACCACUGUGGAGUUCAGCACUCGGGGGCAUGCGAAAGAUGUGGAGGAGUGCAGAUGUCCUCCUGGAUAUACCGGCCUGUCUUGUGAGAUGUGUUCCUCAGGCUUUGAGCGCGUUCCUGGUGGCUCCUAUCUCGGCACCUGCGCUGGCUGUAACUGUAAUGGACAUGCCACUGCCUGCGAUACGAUCAACGGACACUGUCUGAGCUGUCAGCACAACACAGAGGGCCCUCAGUGUGAUAAGUGUCGCCCCGGCUACUUCGGUGACCCGAGCCGAGGUCGCCCCGAUGACUGCAAGCCCUGCCCCUGCCCGUACACCGAGACCUCACGUCGAUUCUCAGACACCUGCUUCCUGAACAUUGACCAGCAACCAACAUGUGAUGCCUGCCAGAUCGGCUACACAGGAAGGCGCUGUGAAAAGUGUGCUCCUGGUUACCAGGGUAACCCCCUUCAGCCCAAUGGAAAGUGUAUUCCAAACCAAACUACAGGGCCCUCCAAGUGUGAUAACAGAGGAACUAUCAGCUCGACCAGUAGGCCAUGCAGCUGCAAGAACAACGUGGCAGGCGCCGUGUGUGACGAGUGCAAGCCUGGGUUCUUCCACCUAUCCGAAGCCAACCCCGAAGGCUGUCUACAGUGUUUCUGCAUGGGUGUCACCAAACAGUGCGCCAGCUCCACUUGGAAUAGGGAACAGUUGCAAGGAGGAGUGAACGGGCAGCUCUUCUCCCUCACCAACAGCGGCAACACUAAAACUAUCUCUGAAGGCAUCUCCCAGAGGGGCGCCUCAGAAGUUUUCUACGGCCCCCUCACAAGUGACAUCUACUACUGGAGCUUGCCUGAGAGCUUCAAAGGAGAUAAGGUGACGGCCUAUGGCGGGGAGCUUCAGUACACAGUGCGCUUUGAACCAUAUCAGCGCUCGCUGACGAUUGACGGUCAGCCGGAUGUCGUUCUCCAAGGCAAUGGGAUCUUCCUGGAGUACCAUUUGGAGACUAAACCCCUCGCACGUGUCCCACAAACUGUCGUAGUGACCUUCAGAGAGUCUUUGUGGCGUCGUGCUGACAAGCAGCCGGUUACACGUGAGCACCUUCUCAUGGCCCUGGCUGACAUUACUGUCUUCAUGAUCAGGGCAUCUUAUGCAGACAGCAUGGCUGAGACCAGUAUCUCAGAUAUCAAGAUGGACAUUGCAGUUCCUCACACAACCGGUAAUGACCGUGCUGUGGAGGUGGAAGAGUGCACCUGCCCUCAGGGAUACAGAGGACCAUCUUGCCAGGAAUGUGAUGAAGGUUACACGCGGACCGGCUCAGGCCUUUACCUGGGCACUUGUGAAAGGUGUGAUUGUAAUGGCCAUGCCAGCAGCUGUGACCCAGAGACUGGCAGGUGUCUGCAAUGUCUUCAUAACACUGUGGGGCCAAGAUGUGAGCGCUGUCAGGCUGGUUACUAUGGAAACCCUUUGACUGGUGGUGCUCAGGCCUGUCAGCCCUGCCCUUGUCCUGGAACUGCUUCCAAUAACCAAUUCACAUCGUCAUGCAGGCUGGAUUCUGAUGGCCAGCCUACCUGUAACAACUGUCCCCCUGGAUACACUGGCAGACGCUGUGAAAGAUGUGCUGCAGGAUACAUUGGCAACCCGUUAUCUGGACAGGGAUGCAUUCUUGGCAAUGAAGUCAAUGGGAACUGUGUUAAUUGUGACCAGAGAGGACAUGAAGGUUGCAACGGUGGUGUGUGCCAGUGCAAGAUGAACGUUCAAGGCCCGUCUUGCUCCACCUGUAAGCCUGGAACCUUCUAUCUCAGCCAAGCAAACAAGGAUGGCUGUCUGUCCUGUUUCUGUAUGGGUGUCACUCAGCAGUGCUCCAGCUCUUCUUACUAUAGAGACCUGGUGUCUUCAGUCUUUUCUCCAGGGAACUUUCAGGGAUUCGCUCUGGUGAACCGUCAGCGAACCAGUCGCAUUUCCACUGGUUUCUCUGUGGAAAUUUCCACUGAAGGCACGCAGCUGUCUUACAGCAACUUUGACUACCUGGGACAGGAGCCUCACUACUGGCAGCUUCCAGGAGUUUACCAGGGAGACAAGAAAGACCCUUUCUUUGCUCGUAUGAAAAGAGCAGAGCAGGGUGAUGUCAAACAGCUGGAUGAUGAGGUCUGGGCACUCUUCUCUAAUUUCUCCAAUGGACGAGCUGGUUCCCAUCCAUUCUUUUCCUCCUCCAAAUCCUCUUCCCAUUCCUCCUCUUCUUCUUCUUUUUCUUCUUCAUCUUCUUCGCGGGUCCCAACUUCCUCCUCUUCCUCCUCUUCUUCUCGCUGGGCUUUGCGUCACCUGAGCCCCCCUUCUGUUUCAUCUGAUACCUCCUUGUCAGUUAGACCAACCCGGCCCCAUCCCUACUCCCCUGGCCAUGCUCCUCACCUGCAGAGCAAGAACACAGUGACCAACAGUGCUGGUGCUUCUGGGGGCAGCAGCAAGUACGCUCUGGUCUACAAAGGUUUCAGCUUGCACCAGGAUGAUCUGCUCUACUGGCAGCUCCCAGGGCAGUUCACGGGGGAUAAGGUGGGUUGUUACGGAGGUAAACUUAAAUACACCAUUUCCUACGUGGCUGGCCCGAGAGGAACAGAACUGGCAGAUGCCGAUGUCCAGAUUAUUGGCAAUGACAUCACCUUGGUAGCUCGUCAGCCUUGGCAGAGGAGACAGCAGGGCGGCAGAGAGACUAAUCAGUUUGAGAUUGUCUUCAGGGAGGAAAACUGGCGUCGACCUGAUGGCAUGCCAGCCACCCGAGAGCACCUAAUGAUGGUUCUAGCUGAUCUUGAUGACAUCCUCAUUCGGGCAUCCUACUCCACUGAGAUGCGCUCCUCCAGCAUCUCUGACAUCAGCAUGGAAGUCGCUGUGCCCAAUUACAGCGGCCUGGCACAGGCCCUCGAGGUUGAGCAGUGCCGCUGCCCACCAGGAUACCAGGGGCUCUCCUGCCAGGACUGUGCAUUUGGAUACACCCGCACUGGAGGAGGUUUAUAUCUGGGUCACUGUGAGCUCUGUGAGUGCAACGGCCACUCUGACUCCUGCCACCCUGAGACUGGCAUCUGCACGAGCUGCCUGCACAACACACAGGGUGAACUCUGUGAGCAGUGUGCGCCUGGAUUCUUUGGCGACGCCACCGUCGGCACUCCAGAGGACUGUCAGCCAUGCGCCUGCCCUCACACUGACCCAGACAACCAGUUCUCCCCUACCUGUGAGAGCCUUGGAAAUGGAGGCUACCAGUGUACUGCCUGUGAGCCUGGCUACACUGGCCAGUACUGUGAACGCUGUGCUCCUGGAUAUUUUGGCAACCCACAGGAGAGACAGAAGUGCCGCCCAAAUGAUGUUGCCGCUUCCCUUGUGGUGAAGGUUUAUCCAGAGAAGGUCCAAGCGUCACCGGGCGGCCCCGUCACCCUGCGGUGCCAAGUGUCUGGAGCCCCUCCACACUACUUCUACUGGUCCAGAGAGGACGGACGACCCAUCUCCGCUUCUGCUGACAGACGUAGACAAGGGGCAGAACUGUAUAUCCCCAGCGUCCAGCCGAGUGAUGCCGGUAUCUACGUUUGUACCUGCCGAGACCAGCGCAGCACCAACAAGAGCCGAGCGGAAAUUGUUGUCACAACUGUGCCAUCCAAACCCAUUGAGGUUACAGUGGAGGAGCCCAAAGCCCAAACUGUCAGAGUCGGCUCGACCGUCAACUUCAUCUGCACUGCAAAGAGCAAGUCACCAGCUUACACCCUGGUGUGGACCCGGAGAGGUAACGGGAAACUCCCCAACCGGGCCAUGGACUUCAACGGCAUCCUGACAAUUCAGAACGUCCAGCCGGAGGACGCAGGCGUCUACAUUUGCACAGGUUCCAACAUGUUUGCCAUGGACGAAGGCAGUGCCAUACUCUACGUGCCAGAGGCCUCACAGACUCAGAUGUUUUACACAGCCUAUGAAAUGUUUGAAGGACACAGAAAGCCUGCAGAGGGGGCCCAGCCUGUGGCCACCAUCACUCCCUCCGUGUUGAAUGUCCAGCAAGGCCAGCGAGCAGAGUUGCGCUGCACAGUGACUGGGAACCCAGCCCCUGCCAUCGAAUGGAUUGGAGGUCCAGGGAACAGGAUGAGUCCCAGAGCUGUGAUACGUGGCGGCGUACUGUCCUUCACAGCGGUGGACCAGGCUGAUGAGGGAGAGUACACCUGCAAGGCUCUGAACACUCAUGGCGAGCACACGGCUAGAGCAUCCGUCUUUGUGCAAAAAUCUAACCCAAGUGGCUUAGGCACCCAACCCCAAGUCCAAGUCAGUCCUCAAAAUGUUGAGGUCCAUGAAGGCGAGUCGUUGAGGUUGUACUGCAGAGCUACAGGAUCACCCACCCCGAAGCUGACCUGGAUCAAAAACGGAGGACAAAUCCCUCCACAGGCCAUUCCCUCUCACGGUUUCCAUCAGUUUAAAAGCAACAGUCUCGAUGUGUUACAGAGACGUAUUGAGGAGCUGCAGGCCCGAAUGGAUCGCACCGACAUCGGUACUCUGCUCAUACCUAACAUCAAGAUGUCUGAGGCGGGCACUUACAUGUGCGUUGGCAGCAACAGCGUCGGCUCAAAUAGCGCUCCCAUCAAAGUCAGCGUGCUCAAAGCAAUCGACCACAGCACUGCAGCGGUUAGCAUCCAGCCAUCUAUAGCUGAUGUCCAGGAAGGCCAGAGUCUGGAGCUCAACUGUUAUGCCCCAGGAAAUCCUCCUCCCCGUGUCAUCUGGAUGAGAGCCAAUGGCCAGCUCUCUUCCAACCACCAGGUUGUGGGCAAUCAGCUGCGUAUCCUGUCAGCCAGCCCAGAAGACUCGGGAGAGUAUAUCUGUCGGGUACAGGGCACCUCUGGGAACCCAGGAUCUCAGGUCCAUCAGACCUCUGUCUCUGUGUCUGUCACUUCAUCUUCUUCACGUCUACAGAGCCCGAUCAUCGCCAUUGAACCCCACAGCGCUUCGGUGCGUGUGGGAGAGUCUGCCAGCUUCAGAUGCAGGGUGUACACUGGAGCCCAGCCUGUCAGACUGGAGUGGAAACUGGUCAGCAAUCAGCCACUGCCUGACAAUGUCAAAGUACACCCCGAUGGUUCUGUCAUUACCAUUACCGAUGCCCAGCCUAUCAACCACGGUGCCUACCGCUGUGUAGCGAGCAACCCAUUUGGCAUCACUCAUACCAUCGUGUCUCUGAUUGUUAAAGUACCUCCCGUGGCUACUGUCACCCCUGUUGGCCCUGUGCGGGUUAGGGUGGGUGAACCUAUCAACCUCGAAUGCCAAGCAUCAGGAGAGCCGCGGCCCUCCGUAUCAUGGCACAGGCUGGACAACAGCCGCAAAACCAUGCUAAGCAGUCCUGUGCCCAUGGAGUCCAAUGCAGUCAUGCAGAUUCUUGUGGCACGUCCGGAAGAUAGCGGCACGUAUGUGUGUGCGGCUCGCAACAACGAGGGCACCACUGAGACCAACGUGGAAGUACUUGUUGAGGGUGGAUCCCAAGUGCCUACAAUCCCCAGACUCUCUAUUCCAGAGCCGCUGGUGGUUGUGGAGGAGGGACAGAUUGUGACUUUGCGUUGUGAGGCCCACGGUUUUCCCACUCCAGUGAUCACAUGGUCCAAGCUGCGCGCCCCUCUGCCUUGGAGACACAAGGUGAUGAACAACAACCUGGUGCUGCCCAGCGUUGGCAGACAAGACUCUGGAGAGUACAUCUGCAGUGCCACCAAUAACAUGGGCACCAGUGAAGCCACCGUCCUGCUAGACGUAGAGACUCCACCUUACACCACUUCUAUGCCUGAUGACGUGUCUGUGCGGGUCGGGGAGGUGAUCAGGUUGCAGUGCCUGGCCCAUGGCACUCCCCCAUUAACCUACACUUGGUCCAAGCUGGACGGAAACCUACCACCGAGGGCUCAGGUUAACGGAGGGGAUCUCCAGAUCAACCUGGCUACCACAGAGGAUGCUGGGAGCUACAAGUGUGUGGCCAGCAACAAAGUGGGCAACAGUGAAGCAAUCGCUAAAGUCACAGUCAGGUCCCCAUUGGCAGUCCGUGUAUCCCCGCAGGUUGAGGUAAAAGCCCGGGGCAGCGCAGUGGAAUUCACCUGCUCGGCAGCAGGAGGUCUAGAAACCAAGAUCGAGUGGCUGAAGGAAGGAGGAGCCUUGCCUCCAAACCACCACAUAAAGGAUGGGGUGCUCAGGAUUGAGAAUCUUGAGCAGAGCAAUGAAGGAGUUUAUAUCUGCAGAGCUAGCAGUGUGUAUGGUCAAGCGCAGGACACUGCCAGGUUGACCAUCCAAGCCCUGCCAAAAGUAAUGAUCAAUGUGCGUACCUCGGUGCAGACCGUGAUGAUUGGGAACUCUGUGGAGUUUGAAUGCCAGGCUGUGGGUGACCCCGAGCCCACGGUCAAGUGGAGCAAAGUUGAAGGGACUCUGCCGUCCCACAUCAUGGUGAAGGGAGGCAUGCUGAAGAUUGAGAAGGUGACGGAGGCUGACGCUGGCCAGUACCGCUGCACAGCCACCAACGAUGUGGGCUCAGUGCAGUCUCAGGUGGUCCUUAAUGUCCAGUCUCUUCCUCAAAUUGCUGCACUGCCAGAAACAAAGGAGGUGACGGUCGGGUCGGAUGCUGUCUUGCCUUGCGUGGCUUCAGGAUACCCUGUACCUCAGAUCAAAUGGUCCAAGCUGGACGGAGAGCUCCCUCCGAAGUGUUUCCAGGAUGUCAACGUGCUGACAGUACCCCGGGUCACUUACGAGGAUUCUGGCACAUACGUCUGCACCGCCUCUAACAAGCAGGGCAAAGUGGAAGCCUUUACUACACUUCAAAUCCACGAGAGGGUGAUGCCAUACUUUACCCAGGAGCCCCUGUCCUAUCUCACCCUGCCCACCAUCAAAAAUGCCUACAAAGCUUUCAGCAUCAAGAUCAGCUUUAGACCAGACAACGUCGACGGUCUCAUAUUGUACGCUGGUAUGAUCCUCUACAAUGGCCAGCGGAGAACCACGGGAGCUGACUUUAUCUCUCUGGGACUCGUUGGAGGUCGCUUGGAGUUCAGGUUUGACGUGGGCUCUGGCAUGGCCACCAUACGUGACCCUAACCCCAUCAAACUGGGAGAGUUUCACACCGUUGAGCUGUAUCGCAACCUCACUCUGGGAUAUAUCAUAGUAGAUGGAGGGGAGCCCAUCAACGGCAGCUCACAGGGCAAGUUCCAGGGCCUGGAUCUAAAUGAGGAGCUUCACGUUGGUGGUUACCCCAACUACACUGUCCUUGCCAAAACUGUUGGCAUUAAGACCGGUUUUGUGGGCUGCAUCCGUCAGCUGAUCAUCCAGGGUGAGGAAGUCAUCUUUAAAGACCUUGACCGCAGCUCUACUGGUGUCACCAACUGCCCCACCUGCAAAGAUGACCCGUGCCAGAAUGGAGGGAGGUGUGAGGAUUCGGACGCCAGCUUGUAUAAAUGCAGCUGCCUCAGAGGAUUCACAGGCAGCAACUGCCAGCACCACAUGUCUCUGCACUGUCACUCGGAGGCCUGUGGACCAGACGCUACUUGCAUCAACCGCCCGAAUGGCCUGGGCUAUGACUGCCGCUGCCAUCUUGGCAAGUUUGGAAAUAAAUGCAUGGAUGGGGAACUGGUGACGACUCCACUGUUUAAUGGUGACGAGUCAUAUAUCGCCUACCCUCCACUGACCAACAUCCACGACGACCUGCGUGUGGAGCUGGAGUUCAAGCCAGUGGAGAGAGAUGGCUUGAUGUUCUUCUGUGGUGGGAAGAAAAUGAAGGUGGAGGACUUUGUUGCCAUUUCCAUGGUGAAUGGACACGUGGAGUUCAGAUAUGAACUGGGAACAGGCCAGGCAAUCCUCCUCAGUCCUGAGCCAGUUUCUCUGGGCCAGUGGCACAGAGUUGUGGCAGAACGGAACAAGAGGGCCGGCCACAUGAGGGUCGACCAAGGCCCCGUGGAGAAGAGGACAUCUCCAGGAAAAGCCCAGGGCCUCAAUAUCCACACCCCUAUGUAUCUGGGAGGAGUUCCCGACAUGGACAUCCUGCCUAAGCCUGCCAACGUCAGCAAAAUGUUUGAGGGUUGUAUAGGAGAGGUUUCCAUCAACAACAAGAAGGUGGAUCUUUCCUACAGCUUCACAGAGAGCAGAUCUAUCAGGAAGUGUAUAGACAACAGCCCCUGCGACCGCCGACCCUGCCUUAAUGGAGGUCACUGCAUGUCCAGUGCUGAAUAUGAGUUCCAGUGCCUCUGUAAGGAUGGAUUUGAAGGUGAGAUUUGUGAGGUGGUGAAAGACGUGUGCCAGAGCAACCUUCAGUGCCAGAACGGAGGUAAAUGCGUCAACGGCCAGUGUGUGUGUACAGCAGGGCACACAGGCCUCAACUGCGAAGAAAGCCAGGUCAUCAUCUUCCCUGAGGCUCCGAGGAAUUUGGAAGCUAGCGAGGCGAAUGAUUCACCCUAUCAGUACGCAGCUUCUUUCCACAAUGGUGGAUACAUUCCCCUCCCUAAAUCCAUUUUCCCAAGAAGCGCCCACGACUCACCAGAGACAAUUGAGAUGGAGCUUAAAACCAGCUCGUCUGAGGGCCUGAUUCUGUGGCAGGGGGUGGAACUUGGAGAAAACGGCAAAGGCAAGGACUUCAUUAGCCUUGGCCUGCAGAACGGACACCUUGUUUUCAGUUACCAGCUCGGCAGCGGAGAGGCAGAGAUCUUAUCCCAACACGCCAUCAAUGACGGCAGAUGGCACAAGGUCACAGCAGUCAGGACUGGAAAAGAUGGAUACAUACAGAUUGACGGGGGAACCGCGCUGCAUGGACAGUCUAAAGGCAAAAGCCUCAUGGUCAACACCAAAGGCAGUAUAUACCUUGGUGGAUCCCCAGACAUGGCUGCGGUGACAGGAAGGAAGUUUUCAUCAGGAAUGACGGGGUGCGUGAGGAACCUGGUGCUGAUGAACGCCCGUCCAGGACAGCAGCCAGCCCAGGUGGUCGACCUGCAGGCCUACGCCUCCCAGGGCAUCAACGUGCAGCCGUGCUCCUCAUAGGCCGCGGCGCACAUGCGUGCACAAACGCGCACACACACGCAGACACAGAGACUAUGGAGUGAUGUUAAACACACACACACACACACACAGCAGACACUCACACAGAGAGACUAACACACAUACUUGGUGCUUUGCUGCUGCCAAAAAAAAAACAAACAAAAAAAAAACGGAAAACGGAUGACACGGCAGAAUGCGUUUGUCUGUGUGCGUUAAAACCAAAAAAGACAGAAAAAUUGAAACAAUAUUAACAAGUCUUCUCUUCCUCGGUGUUGUAUUCUCAAUGAAGGACUAUUAACACAGGACAACCAGUACAGUUUACAUACUUCCAGCAGUAGGUUUAGGCAUGAGAAGAGUAAAACAUAUUAGGCCUUCUACGAUGGGUCAGAUCCUAUGGAGUUGGAGAUGUUUUUACAGCACUGAAUUUUUAUUUAUAUACAUAUGAAUAUAUAUAUAUUAUAUUUGUGGGGGAAAACAUGCAAACUAACCAUAACUGCUCUUCACCUUUUCCUGGAGUUUAUUCUGGGUUCUAAUACUGUGUGUCCAGGGCUUUUUAAUGGGUCUAAGUGUAUUAAUACUUGAAGACAUUUAGGCCUUCUUUCUUCACUUCUGUAGAGGAACCUUUUUUUUCUCUUUUUUUUUUCUUGCGAGCAUGCUUACAGUCCUUUCCGCGCGCGAACUGUUGGGAGAAGAGUGCACACGGUCACAGCCUCAUGCAGCUUCAGUACACAACUCAGGAUUUGAAGUGCAAACGGACAACCGCAAACGUUGCAAGCGCUGCUGCUUGAACACGGCUUCUUAGUUUUGCUUCGCGAGAAAAUCACAGAGCGGUUGUGUCUUCUCUGUCUGUACUCGUUCUCUUUUCAUGAAAAAGAAAGAAACCUUGGUGCUAAUGGCAGACGUGAAGAUGCAGCAUAGUCACAUAGUUACCUGUUGGUUGUGUGUAGAGGUGAUUUUUUCUUUUAGUAAUUUGGUUACUUAGAUGAAGAAACAUUACAUGCUAGAGUCAUUUUUUGAUAUGCAUGGCAUUUGAGGUUGAUUUAAUGAAGAUACGGCAUGGUUUGUUGCCUCCGCAGCCUUAUUUGAUUGAGUAGAUCUCAAAACAGGAGCUUUUAAGAACUGAAAAGGUUGUUAUUUUUUAUUUUAUGUGUGGUUGUUGAAGAUAUUGUUUUAUGUGUAGAACUAUCUGCCAGUCAGGUAGAUAUCAACUAAGUAUGAUUGUGUAAUUUGUCGGUUAUGUUUCAGCCCUAUCUGUCUCUCUAUAUAAAAGUAAGAAUCAGGUGUGUGUGUUUGUGUGUCUCUGUGUGUGUGUCUGCAUGUAUCAUUAUCCAUAUCCUCAGGAGGGUCAACCCAGAACUGCCUCAAGGUUUUACUUAAAUUUCAGGUUUGGUAGCUUUAGAGAUACUUCAGGAAGCUAUAAAACUCUGACGGCUCCGUGGUUCUGUAGGUUGUUUUCUCUGCAGAGGGAGGGUCAUCUGGCGGAUUUGUGUUGGGUCAUGUGGGAUUACGGCGGAAGCCUCCUGCAAGUGCUGUGAUCAGUAGUGUAGCUCUAGCGAAGCAUGCUCGCCCGGCUUUAGUCGACCACACCGCGAAAGGAAAAAAAAACCAAAAAAAAAACACAAUGGCACGAUCACUUUGGGUUUCACAAGUCUUUUUAACAUUUUUUUUGUAUGCUUAAAAACAUUUGUAUUAAUAUCCUAAAAUGAGCACUAUCCUUUCACUUAGAGUUGCUUCAUGUUUAUUUAUUUUAUGUUUUUUUUUUUUUUUUUGCUUGUUCUCUUCUUCUGCCGCUCUAGAGCAAUCACAGGCUUGCUAUCUUCCUUCCUCUGGUUAUUAUGUAUUGCCUCCCACACCCCGUUGUUUUCCCCUCAUGUUUGAGUUUGAAAGAGCCCGCCCGCUAAGUUCUUCACUCAGUCAAGUUUCCAUGAACAAUUGCUAUGUAGUAUUUGACUGGAGCUGCCCGGUAAAAUGGACGAAAAACUGGUCUUAUUAUUCACUCAUUUGUAAAAGUCUUAGGCUCCAAAUGCAUGAAUGCAUAGAAUGAAAUGUGGUCCAGGUUUAGGACAAUAAAGCAGAGACUGAUGGUGUGUGCGCUCCUCACUGGGCACCUUUUGUGUAUCUGCUCUUAAACUGGAUUUUCAUAAAUACACUGUACAACAUAACCAAAUGCAAAGUGGGCAAGAAAGUGCUUUCUGGUUGAUUUUACACCAUUACAAUUCAAUGAAAGGUGCACUUUUAGUAUUGAGUUUUCAUUUUUUUUUUUUUAAACAUUUUACUGUUUUGGUUCUGAAUGACAGACAAAAGCAAACACAUCCCCACAGUUAAACGAAUGAAAGUGUACCGGAUGGAAAUUGUCUGUGUCAUGAUAACUUGACCGUUCCUUUUCCAGUGUUGAAAAGAUUCUCCCCUUGCCCCCCGGUGUUUCUUAAUUAAAAACAAAAUUCAUGUGCUA